CAGCAACGAUCACAUUACCGCUUGGCGGCAAAAAUAAGUAAGGCGGCACUUCUCUGAGCAAACUCUUUCACAGGGAGCUCUACUGCUAAGUGCAAUGUCGUUUCAUAAACGUACCAUUAAUGUUUCAGGCUUACUUCUAAAAGAAAACAAUGCUCAUUACACCUUUACCACCAAGCACAGAAUGAGACGCUUAAUAAGAUAUUUGAUUCGAGAGCUUCUAGUUGAUGCUGAGACUAGAAUCAAUAAGCUGGAUCACAUUGCCAAAUAUGUACAACUAAGGGACCCAAAUCCUAUAUUGACGGAUCAAAUGUUCACUGCAAGAAAAAAAUUUCAUCAUAUGAUAUUGGUGUUCGAAAACACUCAGGAACAUUUAAAAAACUACACUCAUGAAAUACAAAUAGCUAGAAUGGUAAAAAUUAAACAGCUUGCUAAAGAAGUUGAUAACUCGAUUCAGAUGGCUUUAGAUCACACAAACGUCGACCCAAGUGGAGCCAUGUUUGGAAAAAGACGUAUGAUUCUUCAGACAAUAGAGAAAACACACCGACAGCAAAUAUCCAAUAAGACAGCUAAACGGACUACACCAAUUAGUUUGCAAGAGAUUUACAAAGAAAAAAUGCGAUUGAACUUUAGUAAACAGGAAUUAAUAAGAAAGAAAAAACUGUGGAACAUACACGAUUAAUUUUCAUUUCAUUCAUUUUUCAGCCCUGUGUUACCAACUGCUGGGAAUAGGCCUCCUUUCCCUCCUGCCAAACUUUCCGGUCCUGUGCACUCUAAGUGGCACUUCAUAUGGCUAUUUGGAUUUACUUAUUGGCAAAUAUGUCAAUAUUUACCAAAUAAUCACUAAAGUAUUAGCCCUGUCUGCCUAUUCGACAAAUACAGCAAACAUCAAAGAAGUCAAAUAGGCAAAUAAGAAAAUCCUCACUAUGGUUAUUUUCAUUAUUUUAUGUGUAGACGGGCUUAUUGUGACGAUGUGACCUCCUUCUAUCGUAAUCCCACCUUUUUAUCACAUUUUCUCUGGUUCCUGGCCACUUGUUUUCAAAUUUUGAAUCGUUCUUUAAUUCCUUUGCCUCGCCAUUCUCAUUUUGUUUUGUUCCGUCGUCAGUCUCUGCUCACUCGCUGAAGCGAGCAGUGCUGGUCUUCAGAUUUUGACCCGUUUACUAGUUACCAAAAAUCUGUAAAAAAUUAAAUAUUUAAGAGAUCACAAAAAACUUUAAAAUAUUUUUUAAAACUCGCUAAGCAAGAUGUGUGGAGGCUGCGGAGGCUACAUUACAAUCUACAGGACAUGUUUAAAAAAUUUUUAGUGUUUGUCUGUAUGUCAAAUAUUUUUCAACGUACAACAAAUACCCGAUAGCGAAUACAAACAGCCAUGUGAAGUACCACCAUCCGGUAUAAGUUUUGUCCGCGAAUUUAUUAUGUCGUCGACCUAGCGUGCAACUGGAUGACCCGGAUUUCUUGGGCCUGUCUUUGGCCGUCACUCCGUCAAAGCUUUACUCCAGCAGCCAUCACCUCGUCUAACCAGAUGCCCUGGUCUACAAGAUGGUCCUCAACAUCUUAAACUGUCGUCUGAAGUCGGAUUUCCGUGUUUCGAAUUUUAUCGAGAAAUGUGAUACCGAGCAUGGCGCGCUCCAUCGCCCUCUGUGCAACUCGUAUUCGGUGCACAGUUUCCUUAGUAAGCGUUCACAUUUGUGCACCAUAUGUCAUUGUUAUGUGUGUGUAGUAGUAGUGUAGUGGUGGGACACACUGGUUAAAAAGACGGGUCUUCAGACACUGUGAUAUCAUUUCUGGCCGCAAGACUUUUCCAGUUUUCCGAAAACUAUCCACUAAAUUUUGAUUCUCCUUGCGAUCGAUGCGAUGUUCCAACUAUAACAAUUUUAUUUGAGAUUCUAGAAGUCUUCAACAUGUACAUGUUCACAUUAAAAGAAAAACAAAUCCCAUUUGCUGUUUGUCUGCACUAUGAAAAUGCGGUAAACCAAUGUAUUAUAAUACAACUUUUGCAAGAAAACAACUCCAAACAAUCUGCCUAACUUUACAAUAGAGUAUUACAUAUUUCAUAACAUUUUACAAAUUUAUCCAAUGAAUUAUGACUAUAAAACGAUUUAAUAAUAUAU